AUGUCCAAAGACGGCUCCUCCGCCGACUUCGCUCAUCGUCUGGUCUUCUCCCACUCGCUGGUCUACCUUAUCGUUUCGCCCGGCGCGUCCGUCGACACCGUUGUUCGAGAAAGUCGACUCGAGCCGUGGAAACCGAUCAUUUGCCCACGUCCCCUGCACGACAUUUCGAUAGCACCUUUAGAUUUUCGUGAGUUUCCGACUUCGGAACAAUAUAAAAUAUGGCACACUCGCUGCGAUUGA